AACGGCUGCACGUUCCUCAUGGUGGCCAGUGAGCAAGGAGCCGUGAACAUUGUGAGGGAGCUGCUCCAGGCAGGGGUGGACCCGACUGCUGUGGACAAUCAUCAUAUGACCUGUCUGUCCUGGGCAGCUGGCCGUGGCUACACAGAGGUGGUCAAGCUACUCAUUGACAAGGGAGCAAAGGUCAACAUGCCAGACAAGUACGGUACCACUGCCCUGAUCUGGGCCUGUCGCAGAGGUCACCUGGACAUUGUGGACGCUCUCCUGGGAGAGGGUGUGGCCGUUGACGCCUCAGGCAUGGAUGGCCUCACUGCCUUGGCCAUUGCUGCCAAAGACGGUUAUGCUGAGGUUGUGAACGACUUGCUGAGGAAAGGGGCUUACGUGAAUCUAGUGGACCGAAAUGGAGAUUCCAUCUUGAUCCAUGCUGUCAAAGGUGGCUACAUAGAAAUUGUGAAGGCUUUGCUGAAGAAAUAUGUGGACGUGGAUGUGCCGGGCCAGGAGGGCAAGACUGCUAUCUACUGUGCCGUGGAGAAAGGGUACACCGAGAUUGUCAAACUUUUGCUCAACAGCAAUCCUGACCUGGAGCUGAGCACCAAGGAUGAAGACACACCCUUGCUUCGAGCCGUGCGGAUGCGCAAUGAGGAGUGUGUGCGUUUGCUGAUCGACAGAGGGGCAAAAGUCUCUGCCAGUGACAAGAGAGGUGACACAGCCUUGCACAUCGCCAUCCGAGCGCGCGCCAAACGCAUCACAGAGCUGUUGCUGUGUAACCCUCGGCACAGCCGUCUGUUGUACCGGCUCAACAAGGCCGGGGAGUCGCCCUACAGCAUGGACACCUACUACCAGAGGGGCAUCCUGCCGCAGAUCUACGGACAUGGCAAGCUGAACGCGACAGACGCAGAAAACCUUCUGGGCUACGAGAUCUACAGCUCCGCCCUGGCAGACAUCCUGAGUGAGCCUGGCCUCAUGACCCCCAUCACCAUGGGCCUGUACGCCAAGUGGGGCAGUGGGAAGUCCUUCCUCCUGGACAAGCUGCGAGUGGAGAUGCGCUCCUUCACGCAGCAGAACAGUCAGGGGGAGCUGAACUGGUCGUGGCUGACGGCCUUCCUCUUCCUGCUGCUCAACACCAUGCUGGGGGAGGUUCUGGGCCUGACGCUAGGCUGGCGCGUCGGUCUGGCCGUCGGGCUGGGGCUGUUGCCCUUACAGUAUGCCUUCAUUGGCAUCAUCAUCUUCUUCACGGUGAAGCACGACUUCUCUCUGACCAAUCGCAUCAGUGCGGCCCUGGCCAGGAAGCAGAAGUUACUGGCCCUGUUUAUGCAGAUGCUCUUCUGCGUUCCCAAACAGCGGCCUGUCUCUGACAAGCAUUCCAUGGCCUCCAGCUUCUCUGUCCGGUUCUUGUUUUCCGACUGCACUCGCCUCACUAGCGUUGGCGGUGAGAAAUCUCUGGCAGCCAUGAUAGGGACUCUGUGCGAGGCAGUGGAGAAGGAGUACGGAGUCUUCAUUGCCAGGCUUUUCCGAGUGUUUAAACCUACUCCAGGGAAGUCGCGAAGCUCGAGGUUCAAAAGCAUCUGCUGCGUGCCGUACUUCAUCAUCUUCCUGCUCCUGCUGAUCUGCGUGCAGGUGGGCGUGGGGCUGGCUGUGGCAUUCGGCAUCAAGGAGAGCGUGGCGGUGGACGCGGUGCUCAUCGCGCUGGUCAGCGUGGUGGGCCUGGCACUGGUCACAAACCUCUACACCUGGGGCCAGAUGCUGGUCGCUCUCGUCUUCUCGCAGAAGAAGCGCGUGAUCCGGGCGGCAGACAGCAUCGACGAGCUCAAGAUGGACGGCUUUAUGCAGCAGUUGAAGACUGAGGUGGACCUGAUGAGCCGUAUGGUCAACUGUCUGGACAGCUUCACCCAGGACCAGACACGUCUGGUGGUCAUUGUGGAUGGACUCGACUCGUGCGAACAGGACAAGGUGCUCCAAGUUCUGGACACUGUCAAGUCUCUGUUCUCAGAUGAGGGAGCUCCCUUCAUCACCAUCUUGGCUGUAGAUCCUCACAUCAUCAUCAAAGGCAUUGAGCAAAAUCUGCGCAGCUCUUUCCAGGACAGCAACGUGAACGGCUUUGACUACCUCCGCAACGUGGUACACCUGCCCUUCUACCUACAGUCCCAGGGCAUGCGCAUCCAGCAGGUGGAGCCGGUGCCCAGCCACCAGGGGGCAGGCGAGUCUCCCUCCAAGGCCACUCGGCAAGACUCCACGCUGACCAACGCCAGUGAGACUCGCGUGGGUCUGCGGAAGGCGUCCCGCAACCUGAGCACUUCGGUGGCAGGGGGCAGUUUGUCGGAUUCGGUCCCGGGCACGAUCUAUGCCAGCUCCUACGACCUGACCUCGUCUGCGGCCAAAAACGACUACUUUAGCGACAUUAACCCGCGCAGCAUGAGGCGGUUGAUGAACAUUGUUGCUGUGACCGCGCGUCUGUUGAGGGCGUACAACAUUGACUUCAAGUGGCACCGACUUGCGGCCUGGAUCAACCUGACGGAGCAGUGGCCUUACAGACUGUCCUGGAUCAUUUACCACUUCGAAGAGGCCGAAGUGAUGGAGAACUCUGCCUCUCUGUAUUCCUUGUACAAACGUAUCGUUCCAAGCAUUCCUGCCACCAAAGAGCAGGAUCCUCUUCUAGAGAUUGACAGAAAUGUUCGUAAAUUGGAGGCUAGCCUCACCUCAAAAUCUGGGAACUUCCCUCUUCUCAGCGUGGCCGACUUGAAGAAGUUUUUGCCCUGUACCAUCAACCUUGACCCCUACCUAAGAAAACUUAUCCGAGAAAACCAGCACAACUUGGAGCGACAACAGGCUGAGAUAGCCACACUGGGCGGUGUGUUCCCCCCUCCCCAGCCUCCGCCCGCACCCAUGCUGGGGAGCAGACUACGUGAGCAAGCAGCCUCAGAGCGGGUUGCACUCCUGUCCUCGCCCGUUCGCUUCGGUGCGCCACUCACACCGGCCGGUAUGCUCUACGGCAUGUACGGUGCUCAGCCCCAGGUCUCGUACGCAGCUGCCCUCGCUGCUGCAGCUGCCAUGCAACAGCAACAGCAGAAUCCUCAGGGCAUGCCGCAGUUCUUCUCUCCCGGCGCUGCGCAAAAUGGCAUGAGAAUGCCAGGGGCGGAUCAGAGGAAAGUUGUCGACUCGGCCGUCAAACAUCCCAAUGAAUUCUUCAUGAACUACAGCCAACCUGUGGUGCUGUCCCAGUGCUCGGUACAGGAAGUCUGCGACCUUCUGUCUCGGCUGCGUGGCCUCAGUCCCAGCCUGUUGUCCGAGUAUCAGGCCAGUGUCAGAGAGAACAACAUCUCCGGCCUGGUUCUGGCCAUGUGCGACCUCUCCGAGCUACAGCCGAUCCUUGCCAUGAGGUUUGGGGACUGGCAGCUGUUCCGCUCCGCUGUGAGCUCUUUGCUCAACUUUGAGAAUGAGGACGUCCCCUCGGGGCCUGGUGAGGACAUCAGUUCAGCGUCGUCGCUGCUGGCCAGUAAGACAGGACCUGUGUCAAUGUCCAGCUCUGUGAACAGCUACAGCACAGCGCCUGGUGGUGGUGGAGGUGGGCGGGGCAGUUUGCCUGGGAGGAGCAUGAGUCUGCAGGAACCCGUGGGUGGUUCCAGGACAACGGGAAAAUCUGAGCUGCAGCGAAUUCAGGAGCGAAAGUUUAAGCGGAAUGACAGCAUUGUGCAGCAGUUGUCAUAUGAGACGGCCAUCUUGAAAUCUGCUGUGUCAGAGUUUGUGGAGGAGUCAGAGGAAGAAGAGGAGGAGGACGAAGAAGAGAUAGAAGCAGAAAAGCGUCCAGGGGUGGAGAACAGGAGGAAGGAGGAGGAAGAGGAGGAGGAAGAGGGAAGUUUGAGGAAGUCAGAGGAUAAAGAAGCCAGAAGUCCAGAGGCCAGAGCCAGGUUCAAACUGGGACAAGAGUAUCUGGAAGACAUUCCUUCUCUGGCUGUUCACACUCACGGGACAAAUUCCAUGAAAGAUAAGCAAAUACACUCGUCUGCUUCUCACCCUGGAAAGAAUGAGAAGCUUUUGGAGCAUCUCCCGACUGGGACAGUGAGUGGUGGCGAUGAAGUCUCCAGACACCAGGAGAGUGACCCGAGCAGGGACUCCCCGCGGCACUCUGGUACCUUCACUCUCUCAGGGGCGGAGAACCCCGUGUCGCUCCACGAUAUCUCGCCCUAUAUCAAAGUCCUCGAUGGACCCAUGGGGAGGACAACCCCGCAUGGCUCGGGGGAGUUUGUCCCCCUGUUGGGCAGUAUUCAGCUUCAUUCAUCGCACAGUUCGAACGAGUUUGUGCCAGUGUCGCAACAUUCCUCCCUCUCUCAGAUCCCAGAGAUUGGUGCCACGGGAAGUAAUACAUCCAGCAACCUUCUUCUGUCCACUGCAACCACGUCCAGCGAGAACAGCCUCAGCCAAGCGGCUUCCUCACAGACGUCUUUCACUUCUCAAAAGUCAUCGCAACCGAGCAGUGGCCCUCAACAGCAACCUUUCGCAGAAGCCUCCUCGACCAAAAGUACGGCGUUGGCCCGCCAGCAAGCGAUAUCUCAGUCGGGUAUGUCGCAGCAAGGGUCCAGCGAGAGCCCGACAAAAGAGUUCCACUUCUCGUCUGUCGACCCACAUCUUGAUGUGAGCCCGCUCAUUACACCGACGGAGGGUGAACCAGCGGAGUGCGCUGACUUGGUGCCAGACUCGCAGGACCACCACAGACCUCGUGGUCCCCUCCACACUCUCUCCUCCAGCAUUGAGCGUUUGGCACGGCCGGUACUAGGUCACUUUAACCGUCACCACCAUCAUCAACAACACCACAACGUGGAACACCCACCAGAGAACAGCUCCACUCAGGAGGCCUGUCUUGAGGAAGGGCGGGCUGGGGAUGUGAGCGUGGCGGGUCACCCACGGCGGGCUCUGGACCACGAAGAUCUCUUCCAGCGGUCGUUCACCACCAUCGUAGAGAUGUCCUCCCCGCAGACGGACGCUGGCACAGACGACUUCCAUCACAGACUGGGUGUGGCCUUUGCCAACGUUGACGGGGUGGAAGAUGAACCCGCUGCAUCCUCACGGAAAAGUUCACAGGACAGGGAGACAGUUCUGUGAGAGACAGGGGAAAUAAAUCUGUGAGAGACAUGGGAAACAACUCUGUAAGAGACGAGGGGUCGAGGCUCGAGAGCUGAUGAUGUUACAUGGGGCAGAAAGAUGCACAGUAACCUGGUGUGAAUGUGAUAACCCCGAGACUGUUGUUGAAAUCGAUCAAGCAACAGCUGUGCUCUUGCCCUUCUAACCAAUGCCAUUGUAGUUGCUGUGAUGUUCCAAAGAGAUUGUUUUUAAUGCUGGCUCUUUGAGGGAGAAACGUAGGCUCUCUGAUAUCAUUGUGGGUUUUGCCGUGGAACAGGUGAUGGUCUACAAUCUCACAUGUGUGACCCACAAAGGACUCAUUGGGGGAAGUUCUAGGCCCUGAAAUUCAGCGAACCUAAAUCAGUUGUCAGAAUCAGAGAUGUGGAUGUGUAUGCCAAGAGAACUUGGGUGUCGCGGGACUGAGAAGUUGGACUGAGAAGUUGAUAUCUAUGCAGAUGAUUCGCUCGGAGUAUGAGGGUGUAUGUCAGUCUGGCAGACGUAUUGUAGAAAGCUCUGUGAAGUUGUCUGUUGCGGUUUAAAUGACUUAUUUUUUUGUCAGCACAGCCCACUGAACAGAGAGAGAUCAGUGUGUUAGGAGAGAGGGGUACCAGGGUUAUGGACUGGCAUUGUUCAUUCAGACUGGUAGUUAUGAGAUAUGAAGUCAAGGUCAUGAAGGAUGAACAUUAGUGAGAUUGAAUUGUAAUGGGAUGAUGUUCGAAUCUCAUUAAUUCCAAACAGCCAGGCACAGGGAAUGGACAGGUCAACUCGUGAGCUGAUGAGUGGCUGUGGGUGUGAGAGCUGCUGUCUUGUUGCUAGAUGGGAAGUGAAAAAACGACGGGACUGUCAGCGGAUGUGAGUCGGGACAUGGAUAAGGAGAGGGGUAUAUUCAUUACAUGUCGACCUGUGAGCCAUGAGAUGAUACCUCUAGGUGUCUAGGCGUGUUCAUCUUCCAAAUAGACAAACAGACUAAAUGCCUGGUGAGAGGACAGGAGAAAGAGACAUAUUGUUGGCCUUGUUUGACAUCCGACGGAGAAUUCACAGUGUGUCUGUAAAAACUGUUUUAACAAUAGGACUGCUUUUUAUGAAUUAGCAAAGAAGAGUGAGUGGCAUGUGGUGUGAGCUCAGUGUUGUAACAGCUGUGACUCUUUUUACUUCAUUUGUUUCAGUCCUGAGGCAGCGACUUGUCUGUGACUGUGAUAUAGUAGCUUUUGAGAGGGGUCUGCUCUUUAUAAAAACCUAACGGACGGGAACUUCUUAAAAGUCUUCCAAAGUGAAGGGACAAAGAGUGGACCUCUUUUUUUCAACCUAGAACGAUGGUAACUCUUUCUGACUGUGGCUGUUUUCAUAAUUAAAAAAUUUGUUUGGACUCCAUGUCUCCAUUUCUGCCCAUGAAUGAGAAUGCAUGGUCUAGUAUAUGAUAAUACUUGAUCAUUGAUCAGGUCUGUCAGAACGACUCAUGACUAUGACAUUCUUUGAUGGGGGUUUGAAUCCUUUUCUGGACAUGCGUUGUUUGGCAACCGGUCGUUGAGCUUUCAACCACGUCCUAUCACAGAUUGACUGACCCGCACCUCAUUGAUAACCUUUAUUGUCUUGAAUUGAACGCAAAUGUAUGUUCACGCUCAAAUAUACAUAUGGGUUGAAUUUUGUGGUGAUGGCCUUGUUGAGGAACUGGUGCCCCCUGGUCAAAUGCAUGAUCUGACUGCAUCAGGUCGGUUCGGGUGAUGGUUCUAGCCAGUGUAAAAUCACAGUCUAUGGCGUAAAAAAAAAUUUGACUCUGCAUGUGUAGCAGCCUUCUCAUUGGAUAUUUUCAUCUAAAUGGACCCGAUUUGGACUAGAAAGCGAAAACAUAUUUGAUUUUGGAGGAUUUGAUCAAGCUUUUGCCCUGCAUGAAAGGAACAUAAUAUCAAACUGGGAUUUGAUGAAACUUUCUAAUGUGUGCACUGGGUAUUCAAUGAACGUCUAGCUCAAUGAUAACCAUAGCUACACCAAUGUGAAUAGGAUUCAACACCUGUUUCCUUGUGUCAAGGAUGCAUUAUUAGUGAUCAAACAGCUGCUUCUGAACUUGUUUACAUUUGUUUUCAUCCAAGGCCUUGCUCCUCAAGUAUUAACAAAGUGAAGGCCUCUCCUUGUCCAGAUAUUGUUCUUCAGGGACUCUGCUGAGAUAUCAGAAUUACAGCCAACGUAAACAUGAGUUGAGUUGAUGUGUUCGUGUGUGGGAAACAUAUUAAAAUUUGCGAGAUAUUAUGAGACGUAUAGCAUUUGAAUUGAUGUAUGGAUUCUAGACUGUUGUGCUAAGGAUUCCAGAUUCCCAGUACAGUUAAAGAAUUCUCAGUAUUCACCGACCCUCUAUACUGGGAACGGUCCAGUGCCGCCGACUUACAUACUUUUGUUCAAUUAAGUUUUUUUUUCUCCUAUGUGUUCUUUCCUGUUCAUAAUAUGGUGUUCAUUUUCUACUUACUAGGUACUGGCUUUUGUAUCUCAGAACAUUUGUAUAAGUCAACAGUUGCAUUUUUAAAAUCCUGGUUACAGAGUAAAAUGUUAACCUUUUUAUAGAGUCUCAGUGCAUCUGUGAUUUGUCUAAAGAUCACUGGAUUGCAAAACCGGUUUUACAAGAAGUCCUUAAAGAAUUCAGAUUGUCUCCUGCCUGUGCUCUACAGAGAUCAAGCACAGAGGCCGUUUCUAGAUUGUAUUACUGGUUUUGUGUCUGAUAUUUGCCAGUUUUCUUUGAAAGUUUAGUUAGUUGUAUUUUGUUCCUGAGCUUAUUUUACAUUGUUUCAAUAGGCGAACAUUUAAAAAAAAAGAAUUCUUUCUAUGUUUUUGUAUGCCUGUACUUUUAUGAUAUUACUAGUAAUAGGUUCGUUUUCUUUUUGAAACAAUUUUGAUUGUUUUUUCAUUGGUCCAUUCUGCUGGGGCGGCAAGGAGGGUUUAAAAAAAAAUAAUUUUGUUGACUUACUAGUUUUGUUAGUUUUGUUUUAAUAGUUUUUCUUUGUUUCCUUCUCAUGUGUGUCCCAGUGCCAUCAGCCAUCAGUGAACUGGUUGUCUCAAUGUGCAAUGUUUGACCUUACCUCACAUGGCUCUUCUUUUAUUACACGUUUCCUUCCUUCCUUCCUUCCUUCCGUCUGUGUUAUGAUUUUGAGUCUGAUGUCCCUUGGACUUUUGCCAUAUCUUCAUCUGCUAUGUCUUUUACCACUCACACUCAAUUUUUAAGUAAAGUUGAUAAUUGUCUGUCUCACACUUAUAGAGACAUAUUUUAAACGGAAAUUUUAAACGUUUUUCCUGGGCUUUGUCGAAAUGGGCGUAAGUUUUCAGCACAAAAUAAAAAACCUCAAAUGACUCAAAAUUGUGUCUCCUCUUCUACAAGGAACCUUUUUCUCCUGCUGUGUCCUCAUGGCUUUAGUUCAGACUGUGAUCACGCUGGAGCCGUUUUUUUCUAAAACUGCACAAAUUCUUACCUUACUUGUCUUUUGCUGCCAUGUCGGUUUUCUUUUCACUUCCACUGAUGUAUAGGAGCUCUGUUAGCUCAGUUGGUAUCUUGCUGGGCUAUGGAGUGUAUGGCCCUGUUUCGAAUCCCAGAAAUGGCAUUCUUGAAUUAAUGUAAUUUUCUGGAGUUUUCAAGGCUCUUAACGCCUUGGGCUCAGUCCUCUCAGAGACUGGUGUUAAAUUCUGAGGUCCCACCACUUAAAUAACCUACGAGUGUUGAUAAGGGUGUUAAACCUUUAUACUUACUUAUUUACUCACUGCUUCUUCAGACAACUGCACAAAGUCCUACUCAUGUUUUUCCAACAGGUCCCGGGGUCCGUUUUUUUUAGCUGCUUCCACUGAUAUUUCAACAUGUUCUUUCCUCCUCUCUUUAUGCUGUUUUCCCAUCUCUCCUCUUGUUUUCUCUUCUUUUUUUCUAUAAAAGUAUGGCGUACACAAUCUGACUGGCUGUGUAACUUCAAAUGUAUAUUUACAGAUUUUAAACAAUGGGUUUCUGUUUCACACUAAAAGUAAAUUCUGUUGAAUCCUAAAUUUCAUUUCUGUUAUCAAUGAGAGGAAAACUUUGAACUUCUUUUUCUGCUAGACAUAAAUAUUGUAUGGACCACCUUGACAGACAGCCCUGAUUAUAAAAAAAUCCGAAAAAAA